UUUUUUUGUCACGUCAGGUCCGGAAGAGUGUUUGUGUUUAGCUCUGUCACACGAGCGCGCGUGCAUAGACGCGUCUUUCUUAAACUAGUGCGCGUCAAAGGCUUGUGAUGUUUGCACGUUUAAAGCUUGUGUUGUUGAUGUUCCAUUCCUGAAUCAUUCCAUCGCCAUCACUUGUCCAUGAAGGGGAUGAAGGAAGUCACGUGCAGCAGGUUUGUCUUCCAAAAGUCAACACGAUGCACUGGCUUCCGGUGCUGGAAGGUCAAAGGUCACUUGAAAGAAGCAGGGCAGAGCCUGCUGGCGUUCACGCUGGGAUUGCUGCUGGCAUCGGCGUACGGCACCAUGGUGAUCAUCCUGCAGAAGCAGUCGCUGUGGGUUUGCGUCUACAGCACAGUGGGCGUCGCCAUGGUGGCGGCCUUUGGGAUGGGCCUGUCAGCGGACAUGCGUGUCAACGUCAUGGUCAUGUUGCCGUCGCUGUGCUCAUCUCACGGCCGCAACUUCCUGCUCUUCCUGUGCGCCUCCCUGCUUCUGUCCGGCCCGCUCGCCAACGUGAUGGAGAACACAGAGCGAGCUGCUGCCAGCCUGGUGUGUGGUGGGGAGCUGGCUGCCAAUCAAACAAGGGAGUGGAUGCAUAAAGCAGCGACACCCCUCCUCUCUGCGUUGGAUCAGAUCCGUGAGCUCAGUCGCAAUGCUGUUGCCACGGUAACAAGAGUUGAGAAGUUGAUCCAGUCUUUGACCGACGCCAUCCGCCAUGUUGCUCGCACUCUGAGGAACGUCCUCCACUUCCUGGUUGACAUCGGCGAUGUCUGCAACGCCAAGCUAGGUUCUCCGUACAGGAAGUGCCUAACCGUCUUCAGACAGGCCAAAGCGGACUGCUCUGCCCAGCUGGGAGACUUCAACUUCCUGUGUGACAUCGUCAGUGGCUUCCAGCCGCUAUGCGAGCUGGCCCGCGCUGGAAAGCUAUUCUGCAUCAUCCCCGCGUACAUCGCCACUCAGCUGAAGGACCGCCUGGUGGAGCCCACCGUCUCGGCCUUCCAGCGCAUGAGGCGCCAGUUUGACUUCAACUUGACAGUCACAGCCAUCUUUGAGGCAGACGUCAAUGUGAGCCGCUCACUAGGAAAGACCGGUCAGAACAUCUUGGAAGAGCUGACCUCAGACCUGCGAGUCUUCAAGAAGCUGAGCGGCCCGCUCUCCUGGGCAGGCCCGGUCCUGCUCGCCUGCUCGUUGCUCAGGGCCGCGCAGUACAGACGCAGGUACUUGACCCAGAUGAGCUUUGACAACAUCUACAUCAGCGCUCAGUUCAUAGAGCAGGACCGUCAGGUGACUGCAGAGGGCGGGGCUUCUGUUUUGCCACUGACAAGCAGGGAGUUGACCAUCUACAUUACGCCACUGACGCCACAACUGACAAGAAGAGAGUGGCAAGCGGUCCUCGUAAGCGUGGCGUGGGUGCUGAGGCACAUACUGUGGGCCGGUCUUAUGAUGGCACUGGACUUUCUGGUUUUCUGGCUUCUGGAUCAGGUGCACCGCCAUGUCCAAACCGACGUUGUAGGCCAAGCUCCGGUCACGGUGGGGGUGCAGGUGGACGGGUCGGGUUACACGGCGGACAUCAUGCGGGAUGUGGUGGCAUCGUUUAACGUCCUGCAAGGAGGAAACUUUACUGUGAUCAGCAGCAAGUGUCUGCUCGUGCCGUCAGAGCCUGACUACGCCGCCUCUUUCGCCUUAGGCUUCCUGCUGGGUCUGGCUUUGCUCAUGGCGCUCGCUGGAGGGCCGGUGCAGCGUGCCCGGCGACUCAUAUGCGCUUAUUUCCAUCCUGAGACUGAGCUGGAGCGCAUCUCCUUUCUGCGGCAGCUGAUCUUGGAUGAGAGGAGGGCGGCGGGAAGAGCACUCGUGAGGGCGGGGGCCAGGAGACGAGCACACGGAGAACAGCGAGACGGCCACCUCAACCGUCCUCUAGGCGCACUGUUGCUACGAUUACCACGAGGAGGAACGUACCUGGCCAACCUGCUGGCUGCGUCGCCGGACAUGUGUCUGGCCUGUGGCAGAGGGGCGGGGUUUGCCUCUUUCAUCUGCGAUGUACCUGAAUGUCCAGGCGUGUACUGUCGGCCAUGUUUUUCCAGUUUGGACAACGUAUGCGAUGCGUGUGCACGGCCUUUGACCUUCCAGGAGUACAGCGACGAAGAGAUAGAUUCCAGUGAUGAUGAGGAGGGACAAGAUGUAAAGGCACGGAGCUCUACGGCGACUGGCCGUGGGCGCAGAAAAUCCCGUGCCCGAAAUGACUCGACUGCCUCACUUGAACACGUCACCGUCCACCUUUCACCUGUGUAGAACAUUCAAGUUUUUAACCUUGGCCUUGCUGCAGCGACAUUUUGGCUGUUUGCUUAACUUACCUUUACAACCAGCACUCUAAGAACAUUUAUACAAAUACAAAAUGUAUUAAAUAUAGACAUGAAAGAGAAAUAACAAUAUGACAAAUGUAUAAAUUCAUUCAUUUUCUACCGCUUAUACACCCUGGACUGGUCACCAGCCAAUCACAGGGCACAUAUAGACAAACAACCAUUCACACUCACAUUCAUACCUAUGGACAAUUUGGAGUCACCAAUUAACCUAGCAUGUUUUUGGAAUGUGGGAGGAAACCGGAGUACCCGGAGAAAACCCACGCAUGCACGGGGAGAACAUGCAACCUCCACACAGAGAUAUGUGACCUCUGUGAGGUCUGCGCGCUAAACACUGGACCGCCGUGCAGCCAUUGUAUAACCCUUACCAAGCAUUAUUAUAUUAUUAUUAUGGCAUUUUGUUCACUGAUCCAUACUGACAAAACGAUGUAAUACCACAAAACC